AUGCUCAAGCUGUGCGCCACAUAUGUGCGUGCUCGGGGCCUCCACAAGGUUUCCAAAGUGAGCAUCAAGAAGGGUGCCGGUACUUUGGGGCUGAACCUGCACUAUGCGUCGGAGAACCCGCUAGGUCCGCCAGACUUUGCUCUCUUUGCUCUUGAUGGUGGACUUUGCGUGAAGAGCAUCGCAGAAGGUGUCGUGAAGGCCAACUCGUUGAAUAUCAAGGAAGGCGACCGGAUCAUGGACGUGAAUGGCCAAGGUCUGGACACGCCAACAAUGCUACAGAAGAUCCGUGACCUUGAGGACGGGGGGACAUGA